AUGCCCCAGCAAAGCCAGAUCGUGUUGUACACUCGCGAGCAAUCGCCUUUCUGCCACCGGGUGCACAUGGCCCUCGAGGAGGCCCAAGCCGAGUUCUCUUCGGUCUUCAUCGACUUGGCCAACAAGCCCGCCUGGUUCCUCGAGAAGGUCAACCCAAUCGGAAAGAUCCCAGCCAUGGCCUACGGCCACUCCAUCGGAAGCCCAGAGGACCCGUCCCCGGACAGCACCAAGCUCGCCGAGUCCCUCGUCCUCGUCCUCUUCGUCGGCGACCUCUUCCCCUACAGCGGCCUCGUGCCCGCCGACCCCGCGCUCCGCGCCCGGGCGCUGCUCUUCGCGGUCGACUUCGAGGCCCGCGUCCUCGACGCCUACAAGGGCUUCUUCUUCGGCGGCGCGCCCCCGCGCACGCUCCUCGACGCCUUCGCCGCCGUCCAGGCGCGCCUGCCCCCCGCCGGGUUCGCGGUCGGGACGUGGUCGUUCGCGGACGUCAUGGCCGCGCCGCUCCUCGUGCGCAUGGUGCUCCUGCUCGAGCACGAGAUGGGCACGUUCGCGGCGGGCGAGGGCAAGAAGACGCUCGCGGCGCUCAAGGAGCCGGGGUUCGCCCGCCUGAUGGAGUACAUCGAGGACCUGAAGGCGAGGCCAAGCUUCAAGGCCACCUACGACGAGGGGGCGAAUCUCGCUGGGUGGAAGAAGAAUCCCGCUGCUCUCCGUGACUGA